AUGAAUCUUGCGGGCAUUCCCAACAGAACAUGCGUUCCUGGGGACCCCGUCCAACCGCCUCCGUUUCUGCUUUCUACGCUGAAGUAUGUUGACGCUCCCCCUCUUCCUGUCAAGCCCACCUGGGAAAUAACUCUAAAGAUACUGUUUUAUGUCCUGUCAUUUGUGGUGGACGUGGUGGGCAAUGUUAUAGUGGUCAUAAUCAUAUAUCUGAACAAACGGAUGAGGUCCACCACAAACAUCCUCAUCCUCAACCUCGCCAUCUCCGACAUAAUGGUAGGGCUUUUCUGCAUGUGGGUCCAUCUAGGUAACCAGAUCAGCGCUAACUGGCCAUUCGGACCCUUUAUCUGUAAAGCCAGCACCUUCACACAAGUUUUUGCCGUUACCUCGAGUGUGCUUACACUGACUGUAAUUUCCAUAGAGCGGUUCUUCGCCAUAGUGUUCCCAUUGAGGGGUAAGAUGACGCAGUGUGUUAUGGGGGUCUCCAUAGCUGUGUCCUGGCUUGUCUCUGCUGCUAUCGCAGCACCACAAUUGUUCGUGCGGAAGGUCAUCACGUACAACUUUAGGAAUAGGGAUGAAGUUUUCUGUACGGAAAUUUGGCCCAAGUUUUAUAAGAACUCCGCGUGCGUUUCGCACGAGCCGGGAAAGAUUAUCUACUACACAAUUGAGGGAAUAGUUAUGUACGUGAUCCCCGUCAUUAUUAUGAUUGGCGCAUACAGCGUCAUUGCGCUCAAACUUUUGCUGAGGAAGGCGCCUGGUAACAGUGUGCGCUCAACCUCGUCUACACAGGACAGGACGCGCAAAAAGGUAAUCAAGAUGUUGGUUGUCGUGCUGGUGGUAUUUGUGUUGUGCUGGACACCGCAGCAAUACUUUCUUCUGUGGGAAGUGUUUAGGUCCCACACCACGAAGACGUCGAAGUAUGUGCCGACCAUCAAGUACAUAGCAGUUUAUUUCGCCUAUCUGAAUAGUGCGAUCAAUCCGAUUCUUUACGCAGGCUUCAACGAGAACUUCCGGCGGGGAUUUACGGAGGCUUUUAAAUGUAGUUUGUGGCGAAAGAGGAACCAAGUGACUCCAGGACCAGCCGGGCGUUCUGUUGUUACCGCAUUUGAUGGGUCUAAGGCUGGUGACAGUAGCGCAGGGAUGACCCAAAACAGCCAUGCCUAG